CAGUGAAGGAGACUGAGCGGAGUCGGUGUGUUUGUUGGAAAGUACUGGAACAAGCUUACUUUACAGAGGCUUUACAGAACACAGUGGAUACUUUGCAGAUUUUAUUCAGGCAUCAAGAAUGAAAUCACCUAAAAUGAAAUCUCAGAAUAAAUCAUUUGUUGAGGAGGAUGAUGAUCUCAACGCCGUGUUGUGUGAAUUCGACGCUGUCAUUGAGGAUUUCACAUCCCCUAUAGAGAAGAGGCACUUCAGAUACGACGAACACUUAAAAACGAUGAAGAGACGGAGUAGCGCCAGUGUCAGCGACAGCGGCAUUAGCGACUCGGAAAGUGCAGAAUCUCUCAACAGAAACAGCUUUAGCUUCAGUGAUGAAAAGCUCAACUCACCCACUGUAUUCUCCCCCUCGCCCACCAGCCCUAUGGUCACAUCACCUAAAGCUAAACUUGGAGACACAAAGGAGCUCGAGGAAUUCAUUGCCGACCUUGACAAGACAUUAGCGAGCAUGUGAGCACGAGACAGAGUGACUACAGCCCACCAUGAGGUAGCUCCAUUAGGAGGGACAGCCAGGUUGCACAGCACACUCCUGCAUUGCUGGGAGUUUGGACAAGGGCAGGCUGAAGUUAUGGAGUAACUCCGGGAGACUGAUGACGAUCACAUAUAUUCAAAUACACAUACACUCCCUCACGCACUCACAGGAUUGGCUGUGCUCCCUCUGGAAAACUUGAGCUGGAAGACUAUUUAAAUAGCUUUUUAUAGAAAUAUAUUUGUAAUUUUAUA